UUCACCCUAUCUUUCCCAAUCUUGCAGCACAGUGCUUGGUAGCGUUUUCCAGGAGGGCGAUCGGUCUGAGACAGCAGCCACUUCUAAACAGGCGGCUAUUGUAUUUCUGUCAUAUUGGACGGAUUGUGUUGGUUUCGUUUCUGAAGCGGCUAAAGUGGCGUAUUUUUCUUGCGCUACAGUAUUUCAAGUGAGGGCCUGUCACUGAGAAGUGGGUGUCUGCUCACUGGCGUUGAGACAGCGGCGAGUGCAGCAGUGUGUGUCCCCGAUGGCUGGGUGGAAGGACGGCUCGGUGCAGGAGAAGUAUCGGCUGGUUGUGGUUGGAGGUGGUGGUGUCGGGAAAUCUGCACUUACUAUCCAAUUCAUUCAGUCGUACUUCGUCACAGAUUAUGACCCCACGAUUGAAGACUCGUACACCAAACAGUGCGUGAUUGACGAGAGGCCGGCUCGACUGGACAUCCUGGACACUGCCGGACAGGAGGAGUUUGGGGCCAUGAGGGAGCAGUACAUGAGGACAGGGGAAGGCUUCCUGCUCGUCUUCUCUGUCACAGACAGGGGGAGCUUUGAGGAAAUCUACAAGUUCCAGAGACAGAUCCUCAGAGUGAAGGAUCGGGAUGAAUUUCCCAUGAUCCUCGUGGGUAACAAGGCCGACUUGGAGCUUCAGAGGCAGGUGACCCAGGAGGAAGGUCAGCAGCUCGCCCGGCAGCUGAAGGUGACGUACAUGGAGGCCUCAGCUAAGAUCCGCAUGAAUGUAGACCAAGCGUUCCACGAGCUGGUCCGAGUAAUAAGGAAGUUCCAGGAACAGGAGUGCCCGCCUUCGCCGGAGCCCACGCGCAAGGAGAAGGACAAGAGCGGCUGCCAUUGUGUCAUCGUCUGAGUGGCACACCGGGCCGCCAGUCAUCCAGCUGCUGUCACCAGUCCCCCCACCCCCCCCCUGCCUUCUGACAUCACAUCCUGUUGUGGAUGACCGCUGCCUUUCGACAUGUGCAUGAGCUAAGACAGCAGUCCCUGUGCUAGCCUUAUCAGGGCCGGGAGCUGCCUCACCGCGCUCCUCCCCCUGGGACUUCACUACUAGAAGAACCAAACUGACAGUAAAACAACAAAACUUAACAAAAACAAACAAAAAAAAACAGACAAACACAAACAACAACAAAUGUUAUUGAACUCACCGCUCACCUUCAUCUAGUGUUAUAUAUAUAAAAAAAACAUGAUGACGAAAAAAGACAAGAAACCAUACAGCUUUCAGUGUGAAUAUGUCCCAACACUAAAAGAUCGCUUCUUAAAUUUGCUUUGAUUCCAUUAUUUUUAUGUUGUAUCUCAAAGGACUUAUCUUGCCUUGUAGUCACAUUUGUAUUUUUACCGAGAUGGAAUCACAGAAAAUAUCAAUAUAUGUAUAUUAUAUCAUUAGAAUGUUAAUGAUAAACAACUGACGCAUUUGCAGGCGGUGUAGAAUGAGGUGAUCUUGUGCCGCUUUGUGUGUGCGUUUGUGUGAGUGUGUGUGUGUGUGUGUGUGUGUGUGUGUGUGUGUGUGUGUGUGUGUGUGUGUGACGUGCCAUUAUGCCUUUUAAUUUCUACUCCAUGUGCUGAACAGCUACUGUACGUAAAUGAAAUCAGUGUGAGUUGAGAACACAUUUUUAAAAACCUGAUGAUUAAAUCUUCUCAGUGCUGAGUGCAAGGUUGAUGAGCUUUGGUCCUGACCCAUGUUAUAAUGUAGACAUAUAUACGUGUGUGUGUGUGUGUGUGUGUGUAUGUAGACAGCCAACAUCAACGGCCAUUUUUUCUUACAUCUGUGCUUCAAAUGUGUCCGAGGCCAACACCCAGUAGAAGUGGUCUCUGUUACCUGAAUGGCUCGUAGACUAGCCUUUGCUUGUUUGCUUUUCUCAUUGCUAAUUAGGUUCUCAGACCCUUGUGUUGGUAGAUAGGUCAGCUCUUCUCCCUUCUUGCUCAGCCAUUGCCUUCACAGACUAUCGCACACUCAGGUUGGUGGGUAAAACAUUUCCCCACUCGGAGAAAGAUAGCGUGUAAGAGGCCGGGCCCUUGGGGUUUGAGGUACCUUGCUAAUAUGUGUAGUUUUACAGAACUGGUUUGGGAAAAUGUUCACACACACACACACACUCUCUCUCUCUCUCUCUUGCCUUACAUAUGGAAUUGAUUUCCAGAUUGAUAAUAUUCUGUUGACUGUUUCUAUUUCCCCUCCUUCUCUGGUGUGUUUAGUUGAAGUAAUGUAAGGAAACAGUGACAGUGAGAGGGUAGAACUAAGGAAUCAUUUACACUCAUGGUAUUAGGUAUUAGCCACAGCUUAUACAACUUUCAUAACACCUCUGUAAUUGACAUGAAGGGACCUUCGAACCUUCAACAUUCUCUUUGGCACAUCCGUAAUCCAGGAUUAUGUUUUUAUUAGUUGGUAAGAUGCCCAAAAGGAAUUCUUGACCAUGGAUUUGAGUGUGAAGAUUUAAGUAGUGACAGAUGUUUCCUGUAUAACACACACAGACACACACUCUCUCUCUCUCUCUCUCUCUCUCUCUCUCUCUCUCUCUCUCUCUCUCUCUCUUACAUACACACACACACACACACACACACACACACACACACACACACAUACAUAUGAAGACUAAAUAAAUGAUCUCAGUUGUGACAUAUCUGGUAUCUGACAGGCUAGUAUGUGUAGCCCCUCAUUUUACAGAACUAUCAUUAAGGGUUAACAUCACUAUAAAGACAUUUCACCAUUAGGUUUGUCUUCCUUUUUCAUGAGUGUAUUUCAGUACAAGGGAAACAAUUAAACUAUUCUGGUUUUUGUUUUAUCAUCAUGUAAUAUAAGAUUAAAAAAAAGAUCGGAGGUGAUUCUUUGAGAGACGUGAUUAAAUGUUUUUACUAUAUACUUUUAUACAUUAUUUUCUUAUCAGACUAGUUACCGAGUAUUUUUAUAUGUUUGUAAGUGAACCUGCUCUCAUGGCACAAGUGUGUGUAUAUGUAAAGAGGAGUAUUUAAUUCUCUUAGUUUGCUUUUAACUGAAAAUAAAAGAUGAAUGGCCAUAGCCUGCAUUGUC